UUAUUAUAAUUGGUAGAGGUCGUCAUCUUCAUAAACAAUAAACACCUCGUGGAAACUAAAAUUAUUUUUUCCAUCCACAAGUACAUAGCGUAUUAGCUAUGUCUGCAGAGCCGGGUGAUACUACAGCAGUGUUCUCCAAGAUGGAGUUUGCUGUUCAGAUGACGUGUGAGGCUUGUGCCCAACUAGUGUACUCCAAGCUCAACCCAGUAGCUGGUGUUCGGAGUGUGUAUGUGGAUGUAUCUAAUGAGUUGGUCUUGGUGGAGAGUUGUCUACUCUCGUGUAGAGUGCAGGCCCUACUGGAGGAGACAGGACGUCUGGUAGUCUUCAGGGGAUUCGGAGGAACUGGAACUGGACAAAACAGUAGCCCUCCCUCUCAUCAUGGAGCGGCUGUGGUGGCCCUCAGAGGAGUGUGUGAGAGUGUGGGACUAGUGAGGAUGGUGCAGGUGACCAAGGAGACUUGUCUGAUUGAGGCCACUAUUGAUGGACUGGUUACAAUGCCCCACCAGAUAUCAGUACACCAGUAUGGAGACAUGUCAGAGGGUGGACACAGUUGUGGGGAGGUGGUCCCUGGUGGAGAGCUGGGGAGUGUGACACCUGAUGACACUGGGAGAGCCACUCUGCACACCACUUCAGCCACACUCAAGGUCUGGGAUCUGAUAGGACGCUCUGUGGUGGUCUACUGUGUACAGGAGGAUGGUUCCUUUGAGUGGGUGCUCAGUGGAGUGGUGGCAAGGUCAGCAGGUCUCUUCCAAAACACCAAGACACUCUGCACUUGUGAAGGAGUCACUAUCUGGGACGAGGCUAGGAAAGCAAAACAAUCAACAAACAAUCAUGUGUAGUUUUGUGUACAGUAUUAUUUUUAUCUUGAUAUUAGAGGCUAUACUGGUUUCUUACUGGUGUUUCAUGAUGAGGGUUCAAUUUAAAUAAUUUUUGUAUAUACGUGAUGAGGAAUAAGAAUCCAUGCACUGUCA